ACCUUUGCUCUGUUUUCAAGGCUCUAUCCAGCGAGAGAUCGAGAGAGAUUGGAGAAGAGAAGACGAGGAUUGCAGCGAGAUCGUCGUUGGUGGAAAGCUAUCAAGGGGUGUGGAAUCUCCGGGAUGAGUAUUGACAAGGAGGAGCUCCGCCGGAAGCUGUUGAUGCCGGAGUACAUCCGAGAGGCGAUGGUGAAAUCGAUGAAGAGAGGAUUUGAAGCUGAUAAGGCGAAGGAUAAUGUGGUUUCAGAUGAUUCGGCGUUGAAGUGGGAGGAGGAGGUGGUGGCAAAUGCUCUGGCGAAAAAGGGGAAUGGGGUGGUGGUGCCUGAGGUUCCCUUGGUGGUGUUUGUCAGCCCGAAGAGUGGCGGAGGGCAUGGGACUAAGCUCAAAGAUCGGCUCGAGGACCUCAUGGCGAAGGAGCAGGUUUUUGAUCUUGAUGAUAAAGAAAAGAGACCGGCGGAGUUUGUCAAGUAUGGGCUAGUGUGCUUGGAGAGGUUGGCUGAACUGGGAGACAGUUGUGCAAGGCUCGUUCGUCAAAGGUUGAGGGUCAUGGUUGCUGGGGGUGAUGGUUCUGUGGGGUGGGUGCUAGGAAGUCUGGCAGAACUUAUUAAGCAGAAAAGAGAACCUGUUCCUCCGGUUGGCAUCAUUCCACUUGGAACAGGCAAUGACCUUUCCAGGAGUUUUGGCUGGGGUGGUUCAUUUCCUUUUGCAUGGCGAUCAGCUGUGAAGCGUUCUCUACAUAGAGCCAUUAAUAAUCCUACACGCCAUCUUGAUAGCUGGCAAAUAGUUCUCAAAAUGCCUGCAAGUGCAGGAGACAUAGUACCACCUUACUCACUCAGGCCUGUGGAUAAAUGUGAUUUCAGUCAGGGUUUGGACAUUGACAAAAAGGCGCUUGAAAAUUUAGCAUGCUUUGAAGGAUGCUUCUAUAACUAUUUCAGCAUAGGGAUGGAUGCUCAAGUAGCUUAUGGUUUCCACCAGCUGCGGGAAAAGAAACCAAAGCUUGCCAAAGGUCCAAUCACAAAUAAGUUGAUUUACUCUGGAUAUAGCUGUUCACAAGGGUGGUUCUGCACACCUUGCCUUGGUGCUCCUUGCUUAAGGGAACUCAAGAACAUCAUGGAACUUUAUAUAAAAAGGCCCAAUCACACAGAUUGGGAGCCAAUAAGUGUUCCUCCAGAUGUCAGGUCAAUAGUAGCUUUAAAUCUUCACAAUUAUGGAGGUGGAAGAAAUCCAUGGGGCCAUCCAACCAACGAAUAUUUACAUGAGAGAGGCUUUCUGGAGGCUCAUGAAGAUGAUGGCCUGCUAGAGAUUUUUGGUCUAAAGCAGGGCUGGCAUGCUUCAUUUGUGAUGGUUGAACUUAUUACCGCUAAACACAUAGCACAGGCGGCUGCUAUCAAGUUGGAAAUUAAAGGGAACCAAUGCCAAAAAACUUUUAUGCAAACAGACGGCGAACCAUGGAAACAACCACUGGAUGAAAAGUCUUCUACAUUUGUGAUGAUUAACAGAAUGCCCUUUCAGCAUCUUAUGAUAAGCGGAAUGUGAUCUUAUUACCAUCAGUUGAUAUCUGUACCAAA